GUUUGUUGGUGGUACAGUGGCACGUGUUUAUUUUAAAAGAAGUUUUUAAAUACAUUUGUGCUAUUGAAUAAUAAUGGGUAAAGGACGAAAACAUAAACCAAAAAAGAAUUUUGCUGAAAAACGCCGCGAAAAGCAACAGAAAAAAAAUGAAUGGGAUAAUAUACCACACAGAACUUACGCUGAUAUAGUAAGAGAGAAUAAAGAUUUUGAAAAUUAUUAUAAAACACAAAAUAUUGUUCCUGAAGACAAAUGGGACGAAUUUCUUUCCACAAUGAGGACUACUUUACCCGUAGCAUUUCGUAUUACUGGUUCUAAAUCCGAAGCAAAAGUUUUAUUAGAUAUUAUAAAGAGUGAUUUUUUUAAAGAAAUUUUAAAUACCAAUUUAGAAGACGAUCAAGAAGAUACUGAUAAGAAAAAACCAAUUUUACAUUGUUUGCCAUUUUAUCCAGAAGAAUUAGCAUGGCAGUUACAAUUGACAAGAAAAAUUAUACGUAGAUCUGAAGCGUACUUUAGAUUACAUAAUUUUUUAAUCGCAGAAACAAAUAGUGGUAGUAUUAGUAGACAAGAAGUAGUUAGUAUGGUACCACCCUUAGUCUUGGAUGUAAAACCUUGGCACAAGGUACUAGACAUGUGUGCUGCACCAGGAUCAAAAACAGCACAGUUGAUAGAAAUGAUACAUGCCGAUGAGGGUAAUAUACCUCCAGAAGGUUUUGUAAUAGCAAAUGAUCUUGAUAAUAAUCGUUGUUAUAUGCUUGUACAUCAAGCUAAAAGGUUAAAUAGCCCUAAUAUUCUUAUCACCAAUCAUGAUUCAUCAAUCAUGCCAAAUUUUAAUGUAACUAAGGCGGAUGGUACAAAAGAUAUUUUAAAAUUUGAUAGAAUACUUGCUGACGUACCAUGUAGCGGUGAUGGUACAAUGAGAAAGAAUCCAGAUAUUUGGUGUAAAUGGAAUGCUGCUAAUGGUGAUAAUCUUCAUGGUAUUCAAUACAGAAUAGCAAGGAGAGGAUUAGAAUUAUUAGCAGUUGGAGGUAGAAUGGUGUAUUCUACAUGUUCAUUAAAUCCUGUUGAGAAUGAAGCAGUGCUUCACAGAGUUCUUGUUGAAACACAAGACUCUGUUCAAAUAGUGGAUUGUAGAGAUUUAGUACCAGGAUUAAUAUGCGAUCCUGGUGUAACACAUUGGUUGCCAGCUUCCAAAAAUUUACAAUAUUAUAAUACAUGGGAGGAUGUACCUCAGCAGUGGCAAACACAAAUUCGACCAAAAAUGUUUCCUCCAAAUAAAGAAGAUUGCUCGAAGUUUCAUCUAGAACGUUGCAUGAGAAUAUUACCACAUCAUCAAGAUACAGGAGGAUUUUUUGUUGCUGUACUUGAAAAAGUUAAACCUUUACCAUGGGAAAAUCUAGAAUCGAGCGUAUCUAAUCAAAAUUUAGAAAAUACAAACACCGAUAAUAAAAAAAGUGAACUGAGUCUUGAAGAAGAAGCACAACAUGAGGAAAGAGAAAAUAAUUCAAGUGACAAAAAAAGAGCAUUAGAAGAUGAAAGGAAAUUGCAAGAGCCCCAAAGGAAGCGUAAAAGAUUUAUUGGAUAUAGAGAAGAUCCAUUUGUUUUUUUUAAAGAUGAUAAGGAAGACGUUUGGUUAUCCAUUAAAGAAUUUUAUGACAUAUCUGAUGAUUUGGAUCCACGAUGUUUAUUAGUCAGAUGCAAUGAAGGGAAAAAGAAAAACAUCUACUUCACUUCACCAGCAAUUCGUGACAUUGUCAUAUCGAACGAAAAUAAAGUCAAAAUGAUUAAUACAGGUGUUAAGACAUUUGUACGAUGUGACAAUAAAAAUAUGAAAUGUGCGUUCAGACUUGCACAAGAAGGAAUGCACAGCAUUUUUCAUUAUAUUGGCAAGAGUAGAAAACUUAAAAUAAUGAAAGAGGAUUUAAUUAUGCUACUGCAAAAUAAUGAACCUCGUACGCCACCUGAAAUUAUCAAAUUGACAGCAGAAACUCAAGAACUUCUUAAAGACUUUGCAACUGGCAGUUGUAUACUUAUAUACGAAGAAGAAAAGGCUGAUAAGCUUUAUCCAUUAAAAUUACAGUUAGUAGGUUGGAGGGGUACUAUGUCUCUUAGAGCUUAUGUACCUAUUCAUGAUGCGAUUCAUAACUUACGUUUACUAGGAGCUGACUGUUCAAUGUUUGAAAAAAAUAAAUUCAAAGAAAACCGUAAUUUAUUAACAGACGAAAUUAAUAAUGAAGAACUGCCAAAUGAAGAAACCAUUAUUGAAGAAAAAAUUGAUGAAAAUGGUGAUUCUUUAUAAAUGAUCGAAAUAAUUGUUAUUACUAGCGUGAAUGCUAGUAAUAAUCUUAUACCAAUUUAAUGUUCCUUAGAGCAAUGAAUGUUCGUUCUUUACUAUAUAUGCAUAUAUAUAUAUAUAUAUAUAAUAUUUGUUAAUAAAAUACGUAUAUAUAUAUAUAUAUAUACUUUACUACAAACUUUAUACAAAUUCUGCAUUUUUCUAAAAUUGAAAUAAGCAGGUAAAAGAAUAUCAGAUAAUGUAGAUUCGUAAGAAAAGAAAUAAAAUAAUGCUUUGAAGGGUAAAAAUUAAGACGUCUAUAAUAAUAAUGGGAAAUGUAUUUACUAUCUAUUUUUUGAGAAAUAAUUACCUUUUAUGAAAUUACAUAUCUUAUUUUAUGAUAUUUGAGCAAGAAAUACUCAUCUGAGAAUGAAUAUUUUUGAACUGUUGUUAUUAUUAUUGUUUGGUCAUGGACCUAGUAAGAUUUUGUUAUUAAAGGAUAUUGUACAAACAUGUUAUAAAUAUUGGCCGGAUACAGAGGAAUCAUGAAUUCUGAGGUGGCUAAUGCCAUAACGAUUGAUAUUAUAUUGUUAGAUAAAUUUAACCAUCUGGAGUAUUUAUCUUAUACUUGCAAAAAAUGUAAACUUGUCUAUGAUUGACUAACUUUUACCCUUGAAUUGUUAUAUUAAAUAUCACCUUAUUCGUUUUCUCUAUUUUAUUCCAUAAUAGAAUUUUAAUUUUUUAAAGAUUGAAGAUUAUGUCAUUUUCAGUUAACAAUCUUCUCAAAUAAAUGUUCACUACUUGUGAGAAGGACGGGUUUAGCUCUAAAAAAAAAAAAAAAAACGAUUUAAAUA